UUCAUCAUUUGAGUUGCCCCGAAACGAAACUGCGUUUAAAUGAAGCUAUUUUUGCUCUUCUGGAUACUGUGUGGAGCGUCCUGUGCCAGCACCGCCGAGACUCCCUGCGGUCAGCCGCCGGGUGUCGUCGGUAUUUGUCGGAUGGCGUUGCGCAAAUUUACCUACGAUAAAACCGGAAACAAAUGCUUCGAGUUCAUCUACGGAGGCUGCCAAGGCAAUCAAAAUCAGUUUGAGACCAUGGAUGAGUGCACGAAGGCUUGCAUCAAAAAUAAAAAAUAAUAAAUAAACAUAAAUAAAUAAAAAUAAAUAAUAAAGAAAAAAAAUAAAA